CACUGAACGCAACACCAUGCAGCUGCUCCUGUGCCUGCUGGCCUUCUUCUUGGCGGGCCUCAUCCCGUCAGCAACGGGGUUCUUGGUGGUGCCACGUUCCCCGCCAAACUUCUCUCGACAAACCUGUAGGACGGCGACAGCAUUGCAUGCCCAGGAGGAGGAUGCCGCAGUAACAGCGCCGCCUGGGUCGAGCGAUGAUGCCUGCCCGGGCUACCCCCGCUGCAGCGGCGAGUACCGAGACAGGGGAUGCGAUGGCACAGGAAGAAUUUCGGGGGGCGUCGGGGCGCUGGUUCCGUGGCUGCCCAUCAAGGCCUACCGCCCUUGCCCAUCUUUCACGGAGGCCAAGUACAAGUACACGCGCCAGGGGCAGAGCUUGAAUGAGGUUGUGUUUGCUCGCCGUCAGGGCACGAUGGACGAUAUCACAAUGGAUGACUCGUUCGGCGCGAUGAAGGAGGACGCGGACGUACCAGCACCGGGCGGAACAAAGGAAGCCGACGACGGCAAGGACUGAACAAUUUGUGGUUCAGCCACGGGACGAAUAGAGAGAUAGACCAAGUCCUGUUUCACAUGCCGUGCAGGAAUAGAGCGCGUCACAAUGAGAGACCCCGAUUGGUCAUGGUCGUGGUUUUCGUUCACGCGCGCCGCCAAUAUGGUCAAGAGCUAAUCUUGGUUGCCUUCCUUGUGUCUGAUGGCGUAGAUACCAUUUUCGCCGGACCCUUUGCUGUACACUGGAUG